AUGAGCUUGACGAAAUUUAAAAGCCACAGCGCUGGAUUUAUUCUUGACGUAGGUCAAGGUCAGAUUUUUUACAAAGCUUUGUCAUAUCUUGAUAUACAAACACAUUUCAUUUCAAAGUGUCCUCUGCUGAACGUUAUUUUAAACAGAACUGCUUUGCCUAUGCGUGAUACAAUUCCGAUCUCAUCAGAUAACCAGAUAGCAUUUGCUGGAUGUAGCACAACUGGGUGUGAUCAGUGUGUGAAAGUUUUAAGAAAAAUGAAUUCCUUUGAUAACGCUGUGGAUGGCGAUCAGACCAACCCACGACAAACUGAAAUUGAACAGAAAAAGCUAGAUAUUGCCUGCUUGAAACACAGUUUGGAGAUUAAUCGUGUUGCACUUAGCAAGACAAUAUGGGAUAUACGUAAUCAUUGCUUCACAAACGCCCAAAAUGAUCCCUUACUCUGUCCACCAAAAGAUAAUCCGUAUAAAACACAAAGAUCAUGUACUGUUAUAUAG